ACACUACAUGAUUGUACAGCUGAUCGCCUUAACAUGAACAUAUUUCUGAAGGAGUUUUACAGCCAGCUCGAUACAAAUAAAAGCGCGUGAUUGUGUGUUUGAGGAGCUUUAACUCCGUUCUGCUGAAGGAUGUGGAGAUGGAGACCUGUAUGACCUCCGGUGAGGGGACAUCAAGCUUUUUGGGACGCAUCAUCAUUGUGAACGAAGAGAACCAUGGAUUCCAGACAUCUCUUAAAGAAGAACCUAAGGAUGAAUAUUACCUCUGUGGAGAAACAUCAGACUCUGUGGACCAACCGAAUGAAGAAUUCCAGAUUAAACUUAUAAAAGAGGAAGAAGCUGAAGAUGAAGCUGAAGAUGAAGACUACCUCUACUGUGAGAUUUGCAGAUCUUUCUUCAUCAAUAAGUGUGAGCUGCAUGGUCCACCAAUCUUCAUCCCCGAUACUCCUGUUCUUAUUGGGGUUUGGGACCGAGCCAGACAAACUCUUCCACCAUUUCUGGAAAUUCGGAAGUCUGAUAUUCCAGAUGCAGGUCUGGGAGUGUUUAAUACGGGGGGAAUGGUUCCAGUAGGUGUACACUUUGGGCCAUAUGAGGGAGAGCUGGUGGAUCGAGAGGAAGCCAUGAACAGCGGUUACUCCUGGGUGAUAUCCAACAGAAGACAGUGUGAGCAGUACAUUGACGCCAAGAGAGAGAUACAUGCGAACUGGAUGAGGUAUGUGAAUUGUGCUCGUAAUGAUGAAGAACAGAAUUUGGUGGCUUUUCAGUACAGAGGGGGAAUUUUCUACCGUUGCUCUCGACCCAUUGAACCAGGACAGGAGCUGCUGUUGUGGUAUCAAGAGGAAUACGCCAAAGAUCUCAGCAUCGCAUUUCACUACCUCUGGAAGAAAAAGUGCUUUGCAAAUGGAAUGAACAGCACACAAGUGUUCUCCUGCUCUUUGUGUCCAGUCUCCUAUACUUCUCAAGUUUACUUUCACAAACAUGUCAGAAGAUGCCACUAUGAGGAGUAUUUGAGACUCCUGAAUUCGGGAGAGAUUAAAUUUGAGACUCUGAUGCCCACAAGGAACUCCAGUAGUCAGCAGACAGCCUCUGGUUCUCUGGGCACAAGCACCUCUCAUGAUCAAACGCAACAAGAACUCCAUCACUGUUCGGAUUGUGGGAAAAGUUUUCCUCAGCUGAGUGUUCUCCAGGUACACCAGUGCAUUCCCACAGGGAAAAAAACACACCACUGUUCAUCUUGUGGAAAGAGUUUCAGUAACAAGGGAACUCUCAUAAGACAUGAGCGCAUUCACACUGGAGAGAAACCGUUCCACUGCGCACAGUGUGGUAGAAGUUUUACUCAGAAAAGUCACCUCCAAACACAUGAGCGCAUUCACACUGGAGAAAAACCAUUCCAGUGCUCACACUGUGGGAAGAGUUUUAAUCACCAGAGUCAUCUCCAACAACACCAGCGCAUCCACACCGGAGAGCGGCCAUAUCAGUGCUCGCAGUGUGGUCGAGGUUUUACUCACCUCGGACACCUCCAACAACACCAGCGUACUCACACCGGAGAAAAACCAUUUCAGUGCUCGGAGUGUGGGAAAAGUUUUAAUCACCAGAAUAAUCUCCAGACUCACCUGCGCAUUCACACAGGUGAGAAACCGUAUCACUGCACUCUGUGUGGGAAAAGUUUCAUUCACCAGAGCCAUCUCCAGUUCCACCAGCACAUCCACACCGGAGAGAAGCCGUUUCAGUGCUCUGUGUGUGGCAAAUGUUUUAAUCGAGCAAGUCAUCUUCAACAACACCAGCGCACACACACAGGCGAGAAACCAUAUCAGUGCUCUAUGUGUGGGAAACGUUUUACGCGAAACACUCAUCUACAAAAACAUCAGCGCAAACACCCAUCAGAGACGGCAUAUUAAGGCUGCAUCAUGGACCGUUUCGUUUCAUCAAGAACGUGUACGUGCACUCGCACACAGCCAUCAAGCUGAGCACAUGAAUAUAUCAAAUCCAGAAACGUGAUUUUAUCAUCACUGUUUUUCUGAUUAAAUGUGAUAAAUUAUGUGAAGCAUGUUUGUGUUGUGUAAAUGUAGGUUUAGACGCCCUGUUGACCAAAAACUCUUCAGUUUAUAUAGUCUUGUUUAAGGUCUAAUCUGUUUUACGAUUUAGAUGACACUGGCACUUGAUCCUGCCUACGUAAGAAACGUGUAUUUACACUAGUCAUAAACAAUCUGAUAAUCCAAGUGAACGCGGAAGUUACCUGAUGAUAAACGUGGCACCAUGUGAGAAACACCAUAGUUAUGUUAAUGUAUUGUAGCGGUGCCCAGUCUUAUCCACGAAGGAACAGUGUGGUUCUUGGUUAGAAUAAAAAUCUGCAGUAACAGCAGCACUGCUUUUAUGAAUAAUAUUGGACCGUGAAUAACAGUGAAUCCUCAAAUCUCCUAACAGUAAGAACGACUAUGGUGGAAAAAUUACUUGGAACUCCUCAAAUAUGGGGAGGCUGUGGCUCAGGUGGUAGAGCGGGUUGUCCACUAAUCGUAGGGUUGGGGGUUCGAUUCCUGGCCUCACCAUGACUCAUGCCGAAGUGUCCUUGGGCAAGACGCUGAACCCCAAGUUGCUCCCGAUGGCAAGUUAGCACCUUGCAUGGCAGCUCUGCUACCAUUGGUGGGUGAAUGAGACACAGUGUAAAGCACUUUGGAUAAAAGCGCUGUAUAAGUGUGCCAUUUACCAAAUAUCAUGGAAGGAAUUUCUUAAGUACCAUCAGGUCCUUUUCCAUAUUUAUCAAACGUAAUAGAAAGCAAUCAGAAUAAUUUCAGGUUUUUAUUUAACACCAUUUCAAAAUAAAAAAUAUAUAUAGGUGACCAUUUAUGAUUCUCAAAUUCCUCCAGAGGUCAACAGCAAUCAUUUCUCCAAAUUCUCCAAAAAGACAAAUCUUCUAGUGAUCAUCUCAGUGAUUUUAAUCCUAUUGACUAUCACUCAGCUUUACAACAUGAUGCUGUCCUCUAAACCACAGCUGUGUCCAUAUGAUUAGUGAUCAUGAAGCUCUGUUCUUUUGUAAUUAGGAAUAACAAGCAUGGUGGUCUUCAAAUGGGUUUCUAGAAGCAUCACAGUACAGAAUCAUCACUUGAAAAAGUGGUCAUUGAGCUUCUGCUUACCUUCAUGCAUGGUUCUGAUGGACACGAGUUCAGUUUUUAACACUACUCACCAUGAUAUUUUUACUUUUCUAAUGUGUUCUGGUUCUCAUGUUUAGUUAUUUAGUUUUCAGUCUGGUUCCUCUGGGGUUUCCUCCUCAUGUCACCUCUGGCCUGUGAAUCUGCUUUGUGACAAUGUCUAUUGUUAAAAGCACUAUAUAAAUAAAAUGGAGUGUCAUUUAAUUGUAUUAAAUUUAACUUCUAAUUAAAAAUGUUCUUUCUAAAAGCCAUCUUACUGAA